UAAACAGUAAAUAAUAGAAUAUAUUAUUUAUUUAUUAUUUUAUCAUUUUUAUCCACAAUAUCGAUCACUACAACUCUCCUCAAGUCUGAACCUAACUACCUCAAGCACAACAACUGAAAAGUGCUAAUAUUUUGAAUUUUAUAUUUGUUGUUUAUCGUAUUGAUAUACAAGUGAAAAUUGUCAUGAAGCCUGGAAUAGUUGCCGAUGAAAUGUUCCCUGAAGGGACUAGUGCCAUAAUGGACUUGGAUGAUGAGACCGGAAGCAAUGUUAUAUUUGAAAUGAAUGACAAAAAUCUACAAGCUGACUUUUAUAAUGAUUUUAAUGAUCUUAAUGAUGAUGAUGAUUUUUAACACACAAACAUCAAGCUAUGAAAAAACAAUCCACAAAUAACUACUUGAUUCAUACUAACAAAUAAUGUUAGUAAGAAUGUGAAAAAGUUUAAAAAAAAUAUUGUAUUAUGUCAAAUAAUUAUUUGUAAUAUACCUAUUUUAGUAUUAAAAAUA